AACCCACUACCCAAUUCUCCAACCCCUCUUUCCCUAAUUCAUCUCUCUCCUCCAAUAAUGAGGCAGCAGCACUCAAAGCCUUGGAGACCCUUCACAGCAAACUGCUGUUCAGCUGAAGAUCAAACCAUCUUCGGCAACUUCAGCAGGUGCAGGCCAUCUAGGUCAGAUUUUUCCAAGGAUGUCGCUCAGUUACCGUCUUUUCGAAGGUUGUCUUUCUCCGAUCUCAGCCGUUCUUCAUCGUUGCGCAUCAACGACGAUCUUGCGCAAUCUUUCGGGUCUGACUUGUACGAUUUUCAACUGAGUGAGCUGCGUGGUGUGACUCAGAAUUUUUCGGUGAAUUUUUUGCUUGGAGAAGGCGGGUUUGGAACUGUGCAUAAGGGCUACGUUGAUGAGAAUUUGAGGCAGGGUUUGAAGGCUCAGGCUGUUGCUGUUAAGCUCCUGGACAUUGAAGGCCUGCAAGGACACCGCGAAUGGCUUGCAGAGGUGAUAUUUCUUGGACAGCUGAGGCACCCCCACUUAGUGAAAUUAAUUGGCUACUGUUGCGAGGACGAGGAAAGGCUUCUUGUUUAUGAGUUCAUGCCCAGAGGCAGCUUAGAGAAUCACUUAUUCAAAAGGCUUUCAAUAUCAUUGCCAUGGUCUACAAGACUAAAGAUUGCAAUAGGAGCAGCCAAAGGCCUUGCCUUCUUGCAUGGGGCUGAGAAACCUGUCAUAUAUCGGGAUUUAAAAACUUCAAAUGUCUUGCUAGAUUCCGAUUUCACAGCAAAACUGUCAGAUUUUGGACUUGCAAAGAUGGGACCUGAAGGAUCAGAAACGCAUGUCACAACAAGAGUAAUGGGUACCUACGGAUAUGCUGCUCCUGAAUACGUCUCAACAGGGCAAUUGACAACAAAAUGUGACAUUUACAGCUUUGGGGUAGUGCUACUUGAAUUGCUAACAGGAAGAAGAGCAAUGGACAAAUCGAGACCAAAGAGUGAGCAAAAUCUGAUUGAUUGGGCAAAACCAUACCUGUCUAGCACGCGGAGGUUACGCUAUGUUAUGGAUCCAAGGCUUUCCGGCCAAUAUUCUGUUAAGGGAGCAAAGGAGAUUGCCCAUCUGGCAUUACAAUGCAUAAGUUUGAGCCCCAAGGACAGGCCUAGAAUGCCAGCCAUUAUCGAAACUCUUGAAAGCUUGCAGUUUUUAAAGGACAUGGCUGUCACUUGUGGGCAUUGGCCGGCAUCACAAAAAUCUAGUAGAAAUGGGGUUUUUGCUAAAGCUAAAAAUGAUGGUAAAGUUGAGAGUAUCAGGAAAUAUUCUCCAGCUGCAGCUGCAAAUCAGAAAUAAUCUUGAAGAUAUCUCGAAUGAAAGCUAUAUAUGUCCAGUCUAAUAUGGAAAGUGUGCCAAAAUUGUAAGUUGAAAAGAUACAUUUGAAAUCCGAGGCAUGUCAAGGUGCCAAUGUAAAUACAUAAAUGGGAUUAGGAUCAUUGUAUCCUUAUGGAGGUUUUGAAAUGUCAACCAUGUACUUAAAAAAGAGCUCAAGAGCAUGGGGUUCUAACUCA